UCUUUAGCUCGGUACAGGCGUUCGACAAUCUAUAUAGAAUUACUUCCCAUUCCUUUUUAUAGCCCUUGCAUGGCUCGCCGGGUUUGGCGUGAUACCGUUACUUGUGCCUCUCCAGAGAAUGGCAUAUCCAGGAAGCAUUCCUCUAUCCCCAGGCAGCCUUAGGGAGAGCGAUUCAAUGUUCUAUCCCCCAAGGAACAAUGCGGCCACAUUCCCUUUUCGAAGGUUAGUCCUGGAGCUCCCCAUUGGAACAACCUGGCAACGAGCUUAUCGGAAUUCAAACUCAUUCAAUUCGAACAGUCCUAGUUUGUUAAACAGAGAGCGCGAAAUCCCCUGUUACUCAGACCUACCAUGGCCACCAGAGAUACGAAACGCAAGAAUUUCACCACCAUGGGACAUUUCACCCCGAGAGCAUGGAGAGUUAUCCUCUCCAGAGAGGCAGCAGCCCGGGCCUGGUAGGCCGCUCGAUGUGUUUUCGGCUCGAGGUAUGGUCACCACUCCACCUUCGACAUACGAUCGAUACUCCACUAUCCACCCGCCAAUGGCCCUGGAACCAAUUGGCGAGCUGCCCCGACAAAGCUCUAGUAACGGUUCGAAAGAUCCGUUCAUGUCUUAUCAUAAUUCCAGGUUAUCUGACCCUGGAAUGCCCCUUUCUUUGGAGUCUGAUCAUUCUAUGGGGCGUAUGAAGAAGAUGAACAAUCAGGAACAUGUGGACUCCAUCCCAAGAUUCCAUUUGAGGCGAAAGCCCGGAAACAGAGAUGAGUUUGACGGACCUACACAGCUGCUCAGGAUGCCAAGCCCAGGCCCAGCAGCCACCGAAAUCCCGGAGAAGGACCUGCCACAUCUUCCUACUUCAUUGAAUGUACAAGAGCAAGUGAAAAUUUUGUGUGAUAUCAACGACCGCCUAUCCCGGUGCGCCUUUGACUUUGUUGCCAAAUACCAGUUCCCAAUCCCUCUGGAACCUGAGAAGUCAGAAGUAAGAACCCCAGAAGACCGUGAAUGGACCGAAUGGGUCCACUUGCUUAGAAGACUUGCGACAAAACGCCGUAUUCCUGCGCGCGUUUUAUAUGAUGGCCAAAUAAAGCAGUUCAUCACUGUGCUCGAAAACUCCCUGGAAAUGCGCCAUACAGCAAAGAACCAGUCGCGCCCACUGAGGGAUGAUCGAAAUAUUUUACAACUUAUAUCCGCCGGAACACAGGUCGCUAAAAUACUCAAGGACGCCCCUGCGAUGGAAUAUUUUGAUUUCUUGUAUUCCCGAACAGAAAGGCAAAUCCAUGAGCGACGGAAUCAUACUCCUAGUUUCUUUUAA